GUCAUGAUUGAACUUCCACACCACUCCCACCCAUUUCCUUAUCACUUUCUAUAAAGCCCCCUCAAACAUCCCCACCACUCCUCUCCAAACAUAACCAUCAUCACCUUCUUCUCCAAAACUUCUCUCUCUCUCUCUCUCUCUCUCUCUUUCUGUAUUUCAUUCAAACAUCUAAAAAGCAACAAGCUUUGCAGUGUUUUUUUUUUUUUUUUUUUUUUUUUUUUUUCCUUUGGCAGUGUAGUCAUCAAAAGCAAAAAAUGGUUGAAAAGGAAGAUCUGGGUUUGAGUCUUAGCUUGAGUUUUAUUCCUAAGAAUAACAACAACCGGUCGGUGCAGCUGAAUCUCAUGCCUGCUUUGGUCCCCUCUUCUGCUUCUUCUUCUUCUCCUUCUUCUGGUUUUAACCUUCACAACAGGCCCUCUUGGAACGAGACCUUUCCUUCGUCAGAUCGAAACUCGGAGAGUUGCCGAGCAGAGACACGUUCAUUCCUCCGAGGCAUCGAUGUGAACCGUUUGCCUUCGACGGUGGAUUGCGAAGAAGAAGCCGGCGUGUCGUCUCCGAACAGUACCGUCUCAAGCGUUAGCGGGAAACGAAGCGAGAGAGAAGCCAACGGCGACGAGCUUGACAUUGAGAGAGCUUGUUCUCGAGGAAUCAGUGAUGAAGAAGACGGUGAAACCUCGAGAAAGAAGCUCAGGCUUUCUAAGGACCAGUCCGCUAUUCUCGAAGAGAGCUUCAAGGAGCAUAACACUCUCAACCCAAAGCAGAAACUUGCGUUGGCGAAGCAGCUUGGUCUCCGGCCUAGACAAGUGGAAGUCUGGUUUCAGAACAGAAGGGCAAGGACCAAGUUGAAGCAGACGGAGGUUGAUUGUGAGUUCUUGAAGAGGUGUUGUGAGAAUCUGACGGAGGAGAAUAGGCGGUUGCAGAAAGAAGUUCAGGAACUGAGAGCACUGAAACUUUCCCCACAGUUCUACAUGCAAAUGACCCCGCCAACGACACUCACCAUGUGCCCCUCGUGUGAGCGUGUCGGGGUCCCACCAUCUUCAUCAUCCGCCGUUGAUGGUAGGGCCCCACACCAUAUGAGCCCCACUCAUCCACGGCCCAUACCCAUUAACCCGUGGACCACUGCAACUGCAAUUCCUCACAGGCCGUUCGAUGCCCCCCGAUCUCGUUCUUAACCCUUCUUCACCUUAAUGGGCUUUUUGGUCUUUUUACAAUCCAAAUCCUAAUCUUAGAAGAUUAAAAAAAAAAAAAAUGAAAAGCUGUUACAGAAUCUGUACGGAGGAGAUUGCAAAAGAAUUCGUAGUUGUAAAAGCGUACGAAUUAUAUAUAUAUUGAAAGUCUAAAAGUCUAAGAUAUGGUUGUUUGGAUGUGAUUUGGUGGGUCUCUCUGUUUUGUAAUACUUGACCCAUCUCAACGUUUUGUUGGGGCUAGGCUCAUUUUCAGAUUAGUAUUUUUUUGUUUUGUUUUUCUUGAUUUUAGUUCUAAAUUACCUUCUUCCUUUCCUUGCUAGAAAAAUAUGCCUUUAGGAAGGUUAGGAAGAAGGACGUUUAGAUGUAACAAGUAGAGCUAAAUGUCUAAUUAAUUUUUAAUUUCUAUUUAUAGCA